GACCGCACGUCAUCUCAACCCACACGAUGCGUUCGCUUUGCACAGACGAGAUAUUCCACUGUUGUGGUGCGAAAGAGACUGGCUGACUCACUUCCCCUGAGUGAGGAGACUGAAAAGAGGGAUAAGAGACGAGACAGUGUCAGUGAUUGCCUCUCUGGAGUCAGAGGAAUGGCUGCUGAAUAAAAAUCGAUCACUGACGAAGAGGAAGAUGUUUUUGUUGUUGGGAAAAAAAGAGGAGAGAAAGUAGCAGAGGAGCUUCGAGAGGAGUGUUUGGGGGUGUCUGUCUCUUUAAGCUGGCUGGUUGAUACUGCAGAGUGUGUGGGUGCUGCAGUAGACACAGAGAGAGGAUGAGGGAGCAGUGGCAACAGCAGGACGAGAGAGGAACAAGCCCUCCGGCACAGAUUCAGGUCUUAAGUCUCCACGCUCAGGUGUGAGGUGCACCGUUCAAGAGGUGGGAGCAUAGGGGACUCUGUGUGGAGAACAGGUGGAGGGGUGGCAGAGCGUGUGGAAAGGGGGCUGUUUAUUCGGAGCGUGGCACCGGUGGCAGAGUGGCUCCGCUGGGAUGGCAGAGGGGGGCAGCUGGUGGGCUGGCGCUGGGGCAGUCCACAAAGGGACAGGGUCAGCCGGCGACAGGACAGGCGAUCCAGCGACGGCUACGCACACCGGACGGUGCCCACCGGAUGGUGUCAACAUGCUCCAUCCAUGGCACAGAUAGCACCUCUCCGCUCGGGGCAGGAGGAGGGAAAACGGGAGGUUGGGGAAGGGCUGGGGCGAGUCGAACCAGUGGGGAGGACGUUUCUGGGCCAGGUGUCCUUGUGUUUGGAGGAAGUCAAAGGGGAUUCAGAAGUGGAUGCCGGAAGCGCGUGCUUCGGUCAUGUGUCACGGCGGCUGGGCCGGCUGCUGAAGAGGCUGCCCAAGUCUCGCUCCUGGAGCGACGGCUUGAGGAUCCUGCGAAGAUCAUCGUCUAAUGGAUCCUUGCUUACCAACUCAGACUGCAGCUACACCUGUCACCUGGAGUGUGAGAGACAGGUCCAGCUCGACUGCAACCAGAGGGACAGAGAGACGGAAGAUAGCCCAGGUCCCAAAGGCCGCUCUUCCCCCUGCUCCUCCUCCUCCUCCGCAGCUCCUCGGUGCAAGCAAAGUGAAACAAAGGAGGAAGAGGAGAGAGGAGGCGCUGAGGAGCUGUCAGAGGAAGAAGUCCGGGCCAAGAUAGAGUCGUACAACGCUCAGGUGUCUGAAAAUGGCAUGAAUCUGGCUGCAGACGGGUCUUUCACCGGCUUCAUCAAGGUCCACCUGCGGCUCAGUCGGCCGGUCACGGUGGAGGGCAACCAGGGGCGCGCCUCGUCAGAAGACCAGGAUGGAGAGCAGGAGGAGCGUACAGAAAAGCGGACGUCCUUCUACUUACCAUGCGACUGUGUGAAGCAGAUCCACAUCGGCUCUCUGACCACCACCAGCGAGGUGAUACAGGGCCUGCUGAAGAAGUUCAAGGUGCUGGACGAUCCCCGCAAGUUCGCAUUGUACAGGCAGACGCACAGAGACGGACAGGACUUGUUCCAGAAGCUCCCUCUGUCUGAACAUCCUCUUGUCCUGAGGUUGAUAGCAGGACCAGAUCCUGAGCAGCUCACCUUUGUCCUAAAGGAAAACGAGACUGGAGAGGUUGAGUGGCACGCGUUCUCUGUCCCCGAGCUUCAAAACUUCUUGGUCAUCCUGGAGAAAGAGGAGGCGGAGCGCGUGCGAGCUGUGCAGCAAAAGUACACCAUUUACCGACAGAAGCUGCAGCAGGCCCUUCAACAGCACAGCCCUUGACCUCUGACCCCAUCCCCUGAUGUCUCCGACCCGGGGAUGCACGGACCUUUAGGACACCAUGUGAUCUGAGUCCAGAGAGCGGAGCCUGAGCUGAACUUACCUUCGGACUCCUCGUCGACAAAUGUUCAGACACAGACAAGAGACACACUGAUGCAUAUACUUUCUCAGGUCGUACGCAGGCUCCCUUACACAAUCCCACCAUCCACAACAGGAUCCGGACAACAGUUGUUUACCCUGCCAAGGAAGAUCUGGAACUGCAACCUUCUUCUUGAGAUCUCAUUUAUGACUGAUGUGAAUCAGCAAUGUUUUUUUUAGACUUUUCCCUUCUCUUCUGCUACUACAACAACUACUGCUGCUGCUGCUACUGCAAGUGUUACUUAUGCAUGAGUCUCUCAGCUCAUCUGCCCUGCACAUAGGAUUAGGAUUAAAACAGAAGGCAUGAUUACUUUUAGCUGCCUCGAGCUGGAGCUGAAGGACAAUCACAUGGUGUGUUUGUUUUUCUUAAACAUGACAUGUCUGCUGUCAUCUGAUGUAAUUAUAAUAUUUUUUUUAUUUCUGGAUUUGCCGAUUUGAUCAGGAAGCAGAGUGCUUGAUUUGCUUUCAGUUCACAGAACAGAAAGCAGAAUUAGAUCCAUUCGACCUCUUUUACUGUCCACCCCAGCAGCAUGAUGCUGCCGCCACCACCAUGUUCUUAGUAAGUGUUUACGUAUAUUAACCCAUAUAUGAAAUGAUCUGAAAGUAAGAAAGAUGCUUGUCGUUUUUUUCCUCUAAUUCACUCAGUCCCAACAUGUCCACUGAUGCCAGAUGUGGUUAGUUUUUUCUUUUUCUUUUUUUUUUUUUUGCUGCCUAAAUCCACAACUCAGAACCCUGGAGUGAUGAUGAGAGUCAGCUCUUAUGCCUUUAGUUGCAAGCAAACUCUUGUUGUUUGGGUGUUGUUUUUGAAUGAGAGAGGACGUUUUCACCAACUGACUUUUACAAAGAAGAUUUCAAUUGAAUUGGAGGUUGUGGAUUAAAAAAAAAACAAAAGAAAAAAAUCAGCUUCCUGUUUUGCACGUCUUGAUCCAGGCCACAACUCUGAGGCUGGGCAUGCAUUUUAGUUUAUUUUCUUACCCCUAAAAAGGAACAAAAAUAUGUAAAACAAAUAAUAAUGGCUAUGAUAUGUUUGGAAUGCAUAUGAAUUGUGUAGACACUGGAAAAAAGAGUGAAAAGAUUUUACAUUGUUGCUGAUAUGAUUUAUUUUUUUUACAUCAUUUCCACUGGUGUGUGUGCACAUGGUCAUCCUGCGUUGAGAGGAUCCAUUAAACUUUCUUAUGUUUAUUAUAAUCCUCAGAUAAGUGAGGCCUGCUGUCCAUGAGCACAUACUUUCCUGUAAAGCCCAAACCUGUGUGUUCCCACCCGAGCUGUUCCUGCUGGCAGUGCCUUUUGUCCCAUGUGUUCUCUGGUUUAACGUGGGUUUCAGCACACAUUCAGGUGCCUGGUUGAGUUACAAGUGUGGAUCCUUCUGCUUGUCUGCGAUUUUCUGGAAUGAUGUUGGUUUUUAUUUGUAUUUUUUUCCCUUUAAUCCCCAUUUUCAGAAUGCUCCUCUUUUCCCUCAGUGAAUCCCAUGUGGGAGUGUGUGUGCAUGUUUGGGUAUGUGUGUGUGUGCGUUUUAUUUAUUUCAUGGUUCACAAGCAUCCAUGUGAAAUUAUGUAAAGGGUGUUGCUUUAUUUUUGCAAUUUAUUUAGUUUUACUUGUACAACUGUGUAUAAAUAUGAGUAGACCUGUACAGAAAUUUAAAUGAAAUAAAAGGGUAACCUCUUUAUUGAAA